CUAAAUACAACAGCCUUCAGGGAGGUACUUUGGUCUUCUUCAUUCUGCUCAAGCUUUCGUGGAGGGUCUCGCGGGUAUUUCAGACUGCAGGGACAUGUACUGGAGAAACCACGUUAGAGUUCUUUUCACUGUGACUCUGCUCUGGCAGGCUGUUCAUUUAGGAAAAGGCCAUAAAAAAGACGAACGUGAAGUGAGAAGUCUCAAUGCCACAGCACAAAAGCAGCAGCCCAAGAACGAAGGGACUAUUAUAAAUGCUCUCAGUGACAUGAAUCAGAGUUAUGAAAGCAGAAAGCAACAGAAUUCCAGGGCAUCAGUACCUUUCACUGGGAUUACGGAGAGUAAAAAACUGAACAGACGCUGCUGCCAAAAUGGGGGCACCUGUAUCCUAGGGGCUUUCUGUGCCUGCUUAAAGCAUUUCACUGGCAGAUACUGUGAACAUGAUGAGCGGCAAAGCAACUGCGGUGACAUUGGGCAUGGUGCGUGGGUGCUGAAGGGCUGUUGGCUGUGUCGGUGUGGCUAUGGCACUCUGAACUGUCUCUCAGAAAUAAUGCACGGUAACUGUGAACUGAAAUCGGAAAAGGAGGAAAUUACCAGCCUGUAUUCUAAUGGGCUAAAAUUACAACAGACAGCGUUUGCACUUGCUUGCCUGCUCACCAUCCUCCUUGAGCUCUGCUGAUGAUGACUGUGAAACUAGACAAAAGGAAGCAUGUCGGGGUUGAUGUAACCCUCAUCAUACAAACUUUUUCAUCUGUGAGCUACAGAGGACACUACUACCUACACAUUGGAUGCAGAUGUAUUAGUUAAUGCUGAAUGUUUGAGUUAUUAUAAAUUCAGAUUAUGUGAAUGUGGAGUAUUUAUUAUAUUAUUUUAUUGCUACUAUCAAUGUCUGAUUCUAAUGGUUCUUCAGUUCUAAAAUACUGUUCUUCCAGUGGAAGCAAAAAAACCUCCAAUGUUCUAUGACUAAAGUAUUGUUAAUUAUAGUAAUUUCCUUUGUACACAGUA